AUGCAGGGAUGCACAAUUCCCGCCAUCAUCGGCACAGCCAUCAUCUACAGCAUCCCACCCAGCACUAGUAAUCGCAUCGGUCUCCUCAUCGCCUUCUACUGCACCCAAUUCUAUCUGGCCGAGGGCAACCUCAUCUUCUCCCUCAUCUCGCGCAAUGUCGCGGGCCAGACCAAGAAGUCGACGACGCUGGCCAUGACCUUCAUCGGCUGGGCCGCGGGUAACAUGACGGCGCCUCAAAUCUUCCAGGCCGCCGACGCCCCCCGCUACCGCAAGGGCUUCACGGCUCAUUUCUGCCUCUACGUCCUCUUCAACAUCUUCCUCGUCCUCCUGCGCUUCCUCCUCGUCCGUCGCAAUAUGGCCAAGCGCAAGGCCGCUGCUGCCGCGGACCCGGCGAGCAUGGCGGCCGAGGAAGUUGAACAGGACGUCGGCAAGGCCGGGGCUGUCGGGGCUAAUGACGAGAAAAUUGAGCACUCGAACGCGUUUGCUGAUAUGACGGAUAAGGAGAACCCUGACUUCAGAUAUGACUUCUGA